UAGAUGAGAACUGCACAUUCCUAGAAAGCCAGAAUCAGGCACCCACGAAUUGCAUGGACAAGAACAAAAGAGGCGAAUAUCAGGUGUGUCAAAGCCCAGUCAAAGACCACACGUAGACACAAUAGCCGGAGCUUAGGCGUCCUUCAGAAGAUCAGUAAGCUCGAUCCGCAUGUUCCCAGCUCAGCUCGCUAGCUCACUUCGCGUCGGUGCUCGUACAAUUCUGAUAAUCCACGUCUGUCCCUCGCUAUAUGUCAUUGUUCAAUGGGGCUUACUUGUUGCGACUCUCUUCACAAUGGAGACGAAAUCAUUUACUUCAUUAGAGGAAGCUCAAGGAGCCAGAACAUGACCCUGUGCUGGAAACCCCAACGAAUUCAAUGUCGCCGGCAAAGACGUGACGGACGGAUUGCUAGGAACUGAGAGCGCGGCGGGUUUUAGAACCACCGAGAUUCAUCCUUUGGGAGAUACUCAUACUUCAUUGCUGGGUGCAAGAUGUUCAGUAUCAAUUGGUAUGGACAAACUGGACAAACAAAAAUUGGUUGC